AUGUCUGGAGCAAUUUUUGCGCCUCUGGAGGGCCUGGGUACCUUGGAUGCUGCGAGUGGCCAUCCCCUCGUGUGUCCGCUGUGCCAUGCACAGUAUGAGCGCCCGUGCCUGCUGGACUGCUUCCACGACUUCUGCGCUGGCUGCCUGCGCGGACGGGCUACUGAUGGCCGCCUGUCCUGUCCGCUGUGCCAGCACCAGACCCUGGUGAAGGGUCCCAGUGGGCUCCCGCCAGUGGACCGGCUGCUGCAGUUCCUGGUGGAUAGCUCUGGAGACGGUGUGGAGGCUGUGCAUUGUGCCAACUGCGACCUGGAAUGCAGCAAGCAGGACGCAGAGACCACUUAUUUCUGCAACACCUGCGGGCAGCCGCUGUGUGCACGCUGCCGCGAAGAAACACACCGCGCGCGCAUGUUCGCAAGGCAUGACAUUGUAGCCCUGGGCCAGCGCCCCCGCGAUGUGAUCCAGAAGUGUCCGCUCCAUUCGGAGCCCUACAUCAUGUUUUCCACUGACAAGAAGUCGCUGCUAUGCAUCCGCUGCUUUCGGGACAUGCAGGGGGAGAGCCGGGCCCACUGUGUGGACCUGGAGUCAGCAUACGUGCAAGGUUGCGAGAGGCUGGAACAGGCAGUGCUGGCAGUGAAAGCUCUGCAGACAGCCACGAAGGAGGCCAUCGCGCUGCUACAGGCCAUGGUGGAGGAGGUGAGGCACAGCGCAACUGAGGAGGAGGCGGCCAUCCACGCCCUCUUUGGCAGCAUGCAGGACAGGCUGGCCGAGAGGAAAGCUCUGCUGUUGCAGACCGUGCAGAGCCAAUAUGAAGAGAAGGACAAAGCCUUCAAGGAACAGCUUGCCCACCUGGCCUCCUUGCUACCCACCCUACAGGUUCACCUGGUCAUCUGUUCAUCCUUCCUCAGCUUGGCCAGCAAGGCUGAGUUUCUGGACCUGGGUUAUGAGCUGAUGGAGAGGCUGCAAGGCGUCGUCACGCGCCCGCAUCGCCUAAGACCGGCUCAGAGCAGCAAGAUAGCCAGCGAUCACCGCGCAGAAUUUGCGCGCUGUCUGGAGCCGCUGCUGCUUCUGGGGCCCCGCAGAGCCGUGUCCACCGUGGGCGUCGCCAACACGUUGGCGGGGAGCUCAAGCCCCAAGGUGCUGAAGACACCCAGCUGUCUCUCCCCAGUGGGAAAGAUGCCAGGGUCACCUGUCCAGAAACCCUCACCCCACCGUUCCAUCAGCACGAAGGUGCUCUUGGCUGAGGGCGAGGACACACCCUUCACAGAGCACUGCCGACAUUAUGAGGAUUCCUAUCGGGGUCUGCAGGUUGAGGUGCAGAACCUGAAGGACCAGGUUCAGGAAUUACACCGAGACCUCACCAAGCACCACUCACUCAUCAAGGCGGAGAUCAUGGGGGACAUCCUACACAGGUCCCUGCUGCUGGACACACAGAUUGCUUCUGAGUAUGCCUCCAUGGAAGGCAUGAGAGCAAUCUUCCAGGAGAUUUGGGAGGACUCCUACCAACGAGUAGCUACCCAGCAGGAGAUUUAUGAAGGUCCCCGGCAGUGGCUGCUCAACGUUAAUCCACAUUCGAGAGGGGAGGGAGCCGCCCAGCUCCAUGACCUUCUCCAGCUGAAGCAGGAGAAUGCCUACCUGACCACCAUCACUAAGCAGAUCACGCCCUACAUCCGCUCCAUUGCCAGAGUGAAGGAGCAGCUGGAGCCCAGAUUCCAGGUACCUGUGGAUGAGCACACGGAGCAGAAUGUGUACGAUGAUGCCAUGGACAGUGAGACCUCAGCCAGGAUCGACCCAGGGAGCAUCACUGAGAAGAGAGAGAGGGCAUCUGAGCCCCAUGGAAGCAGCUGGGCCCUGAGCAUCCUCCCAGAAGGGCCCCCAUUAAAGAACCAAGACCACCCCAGACCCAAGUAGGAAACCAGAGAUGAGGGACGGCAAGGUGGCUCAGGACCCAAAGCAGCUUGCUACCAAGCCUGACCACCUGGACCGCCAUGGCGUAAGGAAAGAGCUAAUUUCCACACACGUUCACAAUCAAGAAGCAACGGGAAAGCUCUCAAUGAGGACGGCAUCACCACAAGAGGUAGCAGCUUAGUAACUGGGUCCUAGUGAGCUGCGCCCAGGUGUUGGCUUUCUCAGGACUGGCACGCAGGCUCCAGACAUGGCUGCUCUUUCAGAGGACCCGGGUUAGGAUCCCAUCACCCGCAUGGUGCUCACGAUCACCUGUAACUCCAGUUCAGGUGAACUGAUGCCCUCUUCUGGCCUCUGUGGGUACCACAUGCAUGUACUGCAGACAUGUGUGCAGGUAAAAUACAUAAAAUAGUAAAAUACACAUAAAAUAUAUCUUAAAUUUAAGCUGGGGCAAAGAACAGCAUGUACCACCGCCACCUGAUUUAUUUGUUAUGCCUUUCAUCCCAGCACUCGGGAGGCAGAGGCAGACAGGUGUUUGUGAGUUAAAGACCAGCUUGUUCUAAAAAGGAGUUCCAGGACAGCCAGGGCUACACAGAAACCCUGUCCGGGGCGGGGGGGAUUUAAGCUGCAUGACCCAAAAUUGAAGUUUUGGAGACUAAAUGAUGCCAUUAUAGUCACGUUUUUAACAGCAAAUGUUGCUUUUAUGUGCCAGAGAGACGGGCCCCUCACACAGACACAAUUACAUGGAUACCAUGCGCUGCUGUCUCAGGGGCCAGGGGAAUUUAUCACUCUAGGUCGCUAGAGUGGUGGCUCUCAACAUGUGGAUGGGGACCCCUUUGGGGUUGCAUAUCAGAUAUCCUGCUACCAUAUAUUUACAUUAUAACUCUUAACAGUAGGAAAUUAGUUAUGAAGCAGCAAUGAAAUAAUUUUAUGGUUGGGGGUCACCACAACAUGAGGAACUGUAUUAUAAAGGGCCGCAGCAUUAGGAAGGUUGAGGACCACGGUGCUAGGGGCAGGAAUUCAAGAGAGCCAAGGAGUCAAAACACACGUCAUUUAAUGCUGGUGGUGCUGAGCUGUCCUCCAGACACCGUUAUCACGUGUGGCUUCUGCACCCUACACA